AGAUAAGAGCCUGUUCAUCAUCAAUAUCACACACGUUCACCCAAUGAGGAUGAGGAGAGCUUUUAUUUCCUUCUAUCUAUCUGAUUUACACCACAAGCGCAGACAGAUUUAGAUUGGGCAUCUGUCUGUUUCUUCAAGUGUCUCUACUGCUAACACUCCACGGUCAGAAGACACGCAACUUAUGAAGAGAAAUGCACUGGCAUAGAAAGAGCUGGACUUGGGCCAUUACAUUGUGUACACUUGCUAUCUGCUUGGUCCUCAGUGGUGCUCAGCAUGAACCGGGCUACUGUGCAUUUUAUGAGGAAUGUGGCCUAAACCCUGAUGUGGGUGGGGCCCUCAUUCCCCCGAAGGUGCCAUGUAAGGACUACAGAAAAGCAGUGAGUGUGACGGGAGAGCAUUACAAGCUUUUGGAGGAGGUGUGUCCGAUGUUGGCCAAGGGUGACGGUCAGACCCACGCCUGCUGCACUGUAAAACAGCUCAACUCUCUGAGGGGCAGCCUGACGCUGUCCAAAGCCGUGCUGAACCGCUGCCCAUCCUGCGCUGACAACUUUGCACACAUUCACUGUAUUACCACCUGCAGUCCCAAUCAAAGCCAGAUAUUAAAAAUCACCAAAACGGUCAACAUCACCCAACCCCUGGGCAAUGUAAAGGAAGCAGUGACUGGUUACGAGACUUAUAUUUCGACCAGCUUCUCGGACGCAGCUUUUAGGUCCUGCCAAAAUGUACGAAUCCCAGCCACGGGAGGGUACGCCAUCGCCACUAUGUGCGGCCGGUACGGCUCGACACUGUGCACGCCGCAACGCUGGUAUGAUUUCCAAGGCGACUCUAGCAACGGACUGGCACCCUUAGAUAUAAAUUUUAGGCUCUUACCAGAAGGUCAAACAGCUGGGAUUCCACCAGGAGCUGUGCUGUUUUCAGAAAAAGCAUUGAAUUGUAAUGAGACCACACCCACAGGUGGCGAAGGUUGCUCGUGCCAGGAUUGCCUGCAAUCAUGUCCGGCCGUACCACAGCCAGGCCCUUUACCGGACCCGUUUAAGAUCGGUGAGCUGGAUGGUGUACUGGUCAUCUGCAUCAUAAUCUUCUCCAUCGUCUUCAUCCUGUUUGUUAGUUUCUUGGCAUUUAGGUACAGCACCCAACGACGCAAGUGGAAGGCCAAAGAUCAAAAUGAAAAUGUGAUCGACCAGAAGAUCAGUCCAAAAGAUGUCACGUGUUCUGACAGAGCAAGUCUCGCCACUCAGGACUUCCUGGGUUCGAUUUUCCAGACAUGGGGAACCCUAAUGGCUCAUCAUCCUCUGAAGGUACUACUGGCUUGCCUCGUGGUUGUGUUGGUCUUUGCGGUGGGAAUAAUAAACAUAGAGCUGACCACAGAUCCCGUCCAGCUCUGGUCGGCUCCCAAUAGCCGUGCGAGGCGUGAGAAGGACUUUCACGAUCUACAUUUCGAUCCAUUUUACCGCACCAAUCAGCUGAUCCUGACUGCUCCAAACCGGCCCAGCCACUUUUACAACUCCUUACUUUUUGGCGAGCAGAACUUCAGUGGUAUCAUCUCUAAAGAUUUGAUCUUGGAACUGUUAGAGCUUCAGAAGAAAAUCCAGGCAAUUGAAUUCUGGUCAGAAGAUUUAAACCGCACCGCCAGUCUUAAGGAUAUCUGCUAUGCGCCACUCAAUCCAAGCAACCCAUCUUUAACAGACUGCGCUGUCAACGGUCUGCCACAGUACUUUCAAAAUAGCGUUGAUAAUCUGAACGCCAAAGCAAACAUGACCGAGCUUGGUGUGACUAAGGAAGUAGAUUGGAGGGAUCACUUCAUCUACUGUGUAAACUCUCCAUUAUCAUUUAAAGACAUCACAGCCCUUGGUAUGAGUUGUAUGGCAGACUACGGAGCUCCUGUCUUUCCAUUCCUUGCUGUUGGAGGAUAUGACAAUGAAGAGUACACCACCGCGGAGGCUCUGGUCCUCACAUUCUCCUUAAACAAUUACGCACGAUCUGAUGUUAAAUUUAGGGUGGUUGAACAAUGGGAAAGCAAGUUCCUAGAAAUUCUCAAGGAGUAUCAAAGAGACCCGAAAACCAACUUCACAUUUGCUUACAUGGCUGAGAGGUCUUUGGAGGAUGAGAUAAACCGAACUACAGCAGAGGAUAUCCCCAUAUUCAUGAUAAGUUAUGCUGUCAUCUUCCUCUACAUAGCUGUGGCUCUUGGGGAAUAUUCAUCCUGGAAGCGAAUCCUGGUUGAUUCAAAGUUCCUGGUUGGAUUUGGUGGUAUUUUGGUUGUCGGCUGCUCUGUAAUGGUCUCAAUGGGAUUUUAUGCAUGGGUUGGUGUCCCAUCUUCAUUGGUCAUUCUACAGGUGGUGCCAUUCCUUGUGCUUGCUGUAGGAGCUGACAACAUCUUUAUUUUAGUCCUGGAGUAUCAGAGAGAUACACGCAGACCAGGAGAGACGAGAGAGGAGCAAAUAGGAAGAGUACUUGGAAACGUAGCUCCCAGCAUGUUGCUCUGCAGUUUAUCUGAAUCUGUUUGUUUCUUCCUGGGUGCUUUGAGCACAAUGCCUGCUGUAAGGUCUUUCGCCCUGUAUGCUGCAUUGGCCGUGCUAAUGGACUUUAUACUCCAGAUGACGGCUUUUGUGGCUGUGUUGUCGCUUGAUGCUCGACGUCAGGAUGCAAACCGCUGCGAGAUUGCUUGCUGUGUUACUGUAAAAACCCCACGCCCCUCCAAACCUAACAAGGGGUUCCUCCUCCCAUUAAUGAAAAAAUACUACGCUCCUGUGCUGCUGAACCCCAUCAGCAGGAUAAUAGUGAUGCUGGUGUUCUUUGCAAUGUUCUGCGCCUCUGUGUUCCUCUUGUUUCAUGUUAAAGUAGGCUUGGAUCAAGAACUUGCCAUGCCAACUGACUCCUACAUGUUGGACUACUUUGCAUAUCUCUAUAAGUAUUUUGAGGUCGGCGUGCCCACAUACUUUAUUACAACCAAAGGGUUUAACUUCAAUAGCGUGAAUGGCACGAACGCUGUGUGUUCUAGUGUGGGAUGUGACCAGUUCUCCCUUACUCAAAAGAUCAGAUACGCCACCGAAUACCCCGAACGAUCUUAUUUGGCUAUACCAGCAUCCUCUUGGGUGGAUGACUUCAUUGAUUGGCUAAACCCUGGAUCCAAAUGUUGUCGCCUCUAUACCAGGGGUCCAAACAAUGGCACAUUUUGUGCGGCAAAUGAGAGCGAUUAUCUGUGUUUAAAGAAGUGUAUGACAAGACCCCCAAAUGGUGUUUUGCGACCAAAUACUGAUGAAUUUAACAAGUUUCUACCAGACUUUCUUGGUAACAGACCUGACCUGCAGUGUCCAAAAGGAGGCUUGGGAGCAUAUGAUAAAGCUGUAGUCAUAGACAAUGCUACUGGGGAAAUAACAGCCUCUCGCUUCAUGGCCUACCACACUCCUCUGGUGAACUCUCAGGAAUUUACAGCAGCUCUGGCGAAGGCGAGAGAACUGGCCCACGAAAUCACCAUGACUAUGAGAAAGAUACCCGGUACCGAUCCUGACUUUGAGGUCUUCCCUUACACUAUUACAUACGUGUAUUACGAACAGUACCUGACUAUUGUGAACGAGGGCGUGUUCAACAUCUGCAUGUGUCUACUUCCCACGUUCAUCGUGUGUUGUAUCCUGCUCGGUAUGGAUUUGAGAUCAGGCUUUUUAAACCUGCUCACCAUAGUGAUGAUCACUGUGGAUACGGUUGGCGUCAUGACGCUGUGGGGCAUCGAUUUCAACGCCGUUUCACUUAUUAACCUUGUAACGGCUGUUGGUAUAUCAGUGGAGUUUGUUUCUCAUAUCACACGCUCAUUUGCUCUCAGUACUUGCCCCACAAAAGUGGAAAGAGCAAAAGAAGCCACAGCUAACAUGGGAAGUGCGGUGUUUGCUGGUGUUGCAAUGACCAACCUACCAGGAAUUGUGGUGUUGGCAUUUGCUAAGGCACAGCUCAUUCAGAUCUUCUUCUUCAGACUUAAUCUGGUUAUUACUUUACUCGGCAUGGCCCAUGGACUCAUAUUUUUGCCUGUCCUGCUCAGUUUCUUUGGGCCUGGUGUGAACAAGGCAGUUCUGCUCCAGAUUCAAGAAAAAAAGGCCACAGAGAAGGAACUCCACAUAUACAACAACACCAACUUUGAAAACAACGAAAAGCCUGCCAAUGGAGAGCCCACAUCAAUAAAGAACGGCAUUAUUCCCAUCAACAGCCCAGAAGAGCCUGCAGAAAAGCCAGCAGAAGAGCCUGCAAAAGAGCCUGCAGUGGAAAUUAACAUGUCUUAGUCAAAGACUCUUAUGAACUAAUUUUCCUCAUCCCUGCAGUACAUUUACCUCUGCAAUUACAUUGACUUUGUAGUUAUAAAUAAAUGGGCUGUCUGCCAUUAUUUAGACUAUUGCAGGUGAGCACCUGGGGAUACAUCAUUAGUCAUAUAGCUUCCCGUAUACAUGCACUUUCAGUUUGAGACCAUGAAACAUUUGAUCAGGUUAAUGCAGAAGUCAAUGCAAGGCUUCCUAUAUCUUUUGAUAGCACUGUUACUGCUACAAAACUGUACAGUUUAUUGUCAUUUGGGGAUUGUGGUGCUCACAGGUGACACCCAGCAUACAACUUGAGUGUUUUAUUGACAUUUUCGUUUCAUGUCACAUUUAACAUUCUGGUCACGCCUGGGACAAAGUUGUAAUUCACGUUCUAUAUUCAAUACCUUUAGAAUUAAGAAAAUUUGUUGUAUAGGAUUAUUUUACUUUUUAUUCAAUUGUAAACAUUUGUUGAAAAUAUAAUUAUGUAAUUUAUCAUUUUUUAAGUUUCGUAUUUUCGGAAAGGAAGAAACAACCCCUAGUAUCACUCCAGUAUAAAAAGUGUAAAGAGAGUUUGCUCUUGUGUUGCGAAUUACUGUAGUAAUAUUAAAUGCACUUUGUGUUUCUGUAAAUUC